GGCGGCAGAUGACUGGCUCGAUGAAUUGCCGACAAGCCGGAUUGGUUCGUUUGAUUUUUCUACCGUUUGUCCGGAAGCAGAGCCAGGCUGCUGGAGUGGUGAACCUGCGGAUGGGAGGCUGCUCCCGCUUUCCGGGUGGUGGUUGGCUCUCCUUCCCUCUUGAGGCCGGAGAGCAAUAGGAACCGUAGUCCUGCGAUUGCCUCGAACUCCAGGAAACCCUCUCCCGACAGCGGAGUCUCCACGGCUGCCUCAGACUCGCGGCGGACUUUACGUAUUUGCCUACGAUGGAAACUCUGGAAGAAUUUGACAAAGAGUACCCUCUGAGUAAGAUGUUUUGUAAACGCCUGAGUAAAGAAGAAUUUGAGGUUGAAGGACUGACUUACACAGAAAAGGCACUGGAAGACUUGUUUUACACCAUGGAUCAGAACCCAUCGCUGUGUGAGAAGGUGGUGCGCAAACACAAACAAGCUGAACUGGAGAAGGCUGGAUUGAAAUCUUUUAUUAAGGCUAAGUUCUUUUCAGCAAUAGAUGGUCGGAUGAAUCGCUGUAAUGCUGUUGAGAUGGAUGAGUUGCGAGGCAGACUCCAGUGUUUGAAGAAUGAGAUGAUGAAAGUGCAGACUUAUGCAUGUGAGGCUAAAGGACAAAGAACUUCCAAACGACUUGCUGAAAAAAGGCUGAAGGAGCAGGGUGAGAAUUCUAAAACGACCAGUUCCUCUCCAUCUGUGUUUACAUCUGUUGUACCUCCACCACCACCUCCACUACCACCACCACUUCCAUCUUCCAGUAAACUGCCUCUUAAAACCCCUCUGAAAGACAAGUCCAACCUCUGCACAAAAGAACAAAUGGUCUUGGCAACCCCCGAUCUGCUGGAGAGUUAUGGACUGGCCAGACUGAAUCGACGUUCAAAAAGUAUUGGCGAUCUGAGAGACUCUGGAAGUCUGCACAAUCCUCAUCCUGUCAAAAGCAUUCACUCUGAGCUACUGGCUGCAAACCAUUUUAAGAGGCUUCGUUCAACAGGGGUUGACAGAUCUCCAGGUGGGACUCCAUCCAAAACCCCCAAGGUCAAGGCAGAACAAGAGGAAAUGAGUUCUCCUGCAUCUUCUUUCAACAUGACUUUAUUAAAUAAAUUUCGAAAUACAAAGAGUCCUGAUGAGAGUGCUCCACAAUCACCAACGCCCAGUGACAGUGAUAGCUCUGGAUUUGCCACCCCUCCAGGGAGCCCGUGACAGGGACAUCGUCUCUAACUUCUCUGAAAUAACUGCCUCUGACCAAAGAAUUCUGCUGAACCACUGUGAAAUCAUGUUUGGUUUGAUGUUUGCAUUAAGCUGCUGUGAGUACACAUCAUGGAACCAAUUAUUACUGCAGAAAGUCCAAAAAGUAAGGGAAAAAUCCUUAUUUUUAGUACAGUAUCAUCUACAGGUAGUACAGCAACAUCUGUACUUAACAAAAGACAAUGGUUUCAUAUCUCAGCGAGCAUUGCUAUAUUUCAGAUCUGUCUCAUUACAGUGUCUUAUCUAGUUCCAAUAUAUUUGUCUACAAUGCUUGAUAUUUACUAGAUUUGUUUUUUGAGAAUCUGGCAGCCAUGUAAAGAAAUGGAUUGCAUCUGGAAACAUCACUAUUUAAGCUUUUGACUGUUUAUUGUAGAUAUAAUAAUCCAGAGAUACAGAGUAUAAGAGAAAAUUUGGAUUUUGAAAAUAACAAAACUGGAAAUGUUCUAAUUAAAUCUGAAAAAUCACUCCGUGCAUAUCUCAAAUCACAUGGUUUCCAAACAAAUGUAAAAGCAAUGAUCUUCACAUUUUGCUAUGCGGGGAUCCAGCUUGUAUUUGAAACACUUUCCUGCAUCAGUUGAAGUAUGAGAAAUACUGUGAUGCCCUUCAGUGAUGAAUGUAAUGUAGGAAGAGGGUCAAAUGUACCUGAAGUGCUUGUACCCAAUUCUCACUUCAAUCCCAUACAUUGCGAAAUUGGACCAGACACAACUCCUGUUACAAUUCUUCCUGUGCUGGUAUCACAUCACAUCAAUAUUUCACACAAAUUGUGAUGCCACCUGAUGUGGCUCACUUUAAUUACUUGGUGACAGAAAUUGCAUCAGUAAGUGACAAAUUAUGAUCUUUGCAUCAACCCAUGAUUAAAAACAAGGCCGUCAUCACACUUACAGUGAACUAUGAAUGAUUUAAAAGUGACACAGAGUCCCAAGGACUUCCUUUUUAAUGUAAAGUAAGAAGUAUCCCUAACUGGCAGAUGGCAAAGGCUGAGGUUUCUGUGAGCUGGGAGAUAGAGUAUGCAGAUCUCACACAACAUGCUGGAGCAACUCAGCAGGUCAAGCAGCAUCCGUGGAAACAAACAGUUAACAUUUUGGGCCGAGAUCCUUUGUCAGGACUCAGCCCAAAACGUUGACUGUUCAUUUCCACAGAUGCUGUCUGACCUGCUGAGUUCCUCCAGCAUGUUGCUGUGACCCCAGCAUCUGCAGAGUAUUUUGUGUUUAGUAUGUAGAUCUGUUGAUUUGUGGCCCUGAUCCUAAUCCUAAUUGCUGCACAGUUGUGAUUUGUAGAGGAUGCCUCCACAGAGAGAUUUGUUCAGAAGUGUUAACCCACUUCCUAUCUAAUAAGCUUCUGCUCCCAAUAUGUACAAGUCGACUUUUAAUGAUCUAAAAAGGGGAAAAAAAAGUGUGCCCCAAUUUUGAACAUGAUUUUGGUGAUUAACAUUUGUAAAAGUGACAGGGUCAUUUUGUUUGCUGAUGAGCUGUAAUUAUAAAAGAAAAGCUGGCAGUCUCUCUGAAGCAGGUCUUCAGUUUAGAAAAUUGAUUGUACAGGCAAGCCUUGUACUUCACAAAAACCACUGCGAAUUUUAAGGAGAACAGAACAUUUUCAUUAUGUCAGCCCUGAUUUUAUUCUCUUACGUCAUGGUCAGUAACAAAGGAUUUACUGGAGUUACAGUAAUAAUCUAAUUUGUUACAAUGAAACUUUGAUUUGGGUUGAUGGGGAAAUGAUCAAAGGUUUUGAAUGAAAUACAGACAGAGGCAAAUGUAUGUAGGUUUUCAGUAGGGUCUUGGUAAGCUGUCAGUUCAGAUUCUGUGGUUAUUAUUCUUUCUGGAGUACAUGUUGAACACAGAAAAGAUAAGGAUAUAAUGGAGACAUUAAAGCUCAAUGGGGAUGUUAAAGUACAGUAUUUAGAAAAUUAAUACAACAAGGAAACCAAAGCACAAAUGGCGUUUGAUGCAAAGAAAAUUACUAAAGAGAAUAACAUACCUGGAUAUCUGAAUUAAAAAAAUAUGGUAAUUCUCGGGAUUAAAGUUGCAUUUUGCUGUUGGAAUUAAGGAAGCACAACAGUAACUGGGAAAAUGUUUUUCAGAAGAGAUGUUAAAAUGAGCCCUUGCUCCCCCUCCAUUUACCUGUCAAGAUUUGCAUGAAAGGUUUCCCAUAGUGGUUUUAAAGGGACUAUAGUUUUGCAGUUGCCUUUAACAAUUUUAAUUAUCAUCACCAAAAUUAAAACUACUGGUCACUUAUCCCAUUUGUCAUCUGUAAAUCCUUUCUGCACAACUACAGGUCCUUCCUCAGGUUAGGACAGGAUUUCAUUCCUGUGAAUAUACACCAGUCAGAAAUGUGGCCUCAAACUGAAUUCCCAGGCAGCAGAAAGUGCCCGCAGCCCCACAGCAGCUGACAAAUCUGUCCCACCAGUCUCCCCAGUGCCAAUUCACAUAUAUGGGUUAUACACAUUAGGUGUUUGUAAGCUUGUCAAGGCCUCUAUUAGUUUCCAUAUUUGCUUACAAAAUAACAGUUAAGUGCUGACUAAGUACAAGUCAAAUUCUACUGUUAUAAGAUUAUUAUUUUUAUUCAAUUUUUGAAAAGUGGAAUCGGAUCGUUUUAAUUCUGUAAAAGCUUCAAUCAAUUGUCUUAUGAGAUGUAGGUGCUUUCCAUAACAAGGCAUUUGCUCAUCACUGUAUAUGGGUCAGUUUGCUGGGUAGCAUCGGCAAUUUUUGAACAAGUUUCUUUUGUUUACCUUUGGCUAUACAAACGAUUCCAGUGACUGAAACUUUGUGUUGACUACAUAAUGUUGAAAUUUAAGUUUCUAUUUUGUUACAUUCUUUCAGCAGUGCAUUGCCUUAAUCUAUGCUGGGUUUAGUAUCCAGUUUAGUGUAUAAUGAAAGAGGCAAAAUUAUAUAUUUAGUUUUUAUUUUAUAUUAAGCAAGUGGACUAGGUAUGAAUUUGGUGACUGAAUGUGCUUUUUUCAUUAAUGUUAUUUUGAUAUUAAAAUUUGUUAAAUUUUUAAAGCCAACUUAUUUCUUUAACUCAAUAAUAGAAGCAGCAUUUCAAUUGUAGAGACAAACAAGACUGGUGUGUAGUUUUUCCUCUUCCUCACACCCAAGCACUUAUCAAAGCAUUUUGAACAUGCUGCAAGAACAACCUUUAAUUUUAAUCUUUUAGAUUUUGGGUUUGAUAGGUUUGUAUAUGAACUAUGCAAACAACCGCAUGAAAUGUCUCUGUUCUGCUAGCUGGUAAUGUUGUACAAGUCCCAUGAUUCAAACAAAAUCUCUCCUAAUGUAUAUUUUCAGGCAAUUUAGAAUUUUGCUUUAUCUAACUUUCUCAGAAUAAAUAAUUUUAUAUUUUAA